CAAAGCUCAGAAAAGCGUUCCCGCGACUCGUCACCGCCCACGGACAGUCAUCGACGCCUUCACCUCUCCCAGCAGCUCAAUUGCAGUCGCUGUGGCAGUCGCCUUCACAAUGGCUUCUCGGCGAGCCGUACAGGCGCUCCCUCUGCGCCGCCUGCUCAACCCGCAGUGCGCAAACGGCAUUCGCCAAAGCCGCGCAUCGAGCUCCUCGUCCACACAGGCCCUGGCCUACAAAGCCCUACACCGUCGCAUUGCACCCCUCCCUACCGAAGACCGCCCGGCAUGGUCCGCACAGGCAGCCGUCAGCAGCAUUCUCUACGAGACCCCGCUGCCCUCGCAAGCACCGCCGAAGCGUCACAUCCUCAACUGCUUGGUGCAGAACGAGCCUGGUGUGCUGUCUCGUGUCUCAGGAAUUCUUGCUGCCCGCGGCUUCAACAUUGACAGUUUGGUCGUCUGCAACACCGAGGUCGAUGACCUCUCUCGCAUGACCAUUGUGCUGCAGGGCCAAGACGGUGUCAUCGAACAGGCUCGCCGCCAGCUCGAGGACCUUGUCCCGGUGUGGGCCGUUCUCGACUAUACCCAGUCUCCUCUUGUCCAACGCGAGUUGCUUCUCGCUAAGGUCUCCAUCUUGGGCCCUGAGUACUUUGAGGAGCUCCUCGCCCAUCACCGAGAGAUGGCUCACAUGCCCGAAAUCGAGGAAGGUGUCCCGCUGGAAGAGCUGUCUGAAGAAGAGCGCGAAGUAAUCGCCAAUGCGGCAGCCCGCGAGACGCUCAAGAAGGACUACCACCCCGGCAACUUGCCCACCAGUCAAGCUCUCCGUCAAAAACACGAGCACCUAAAGGACAUCACCUUCCUGACUCAUCAAUUCGGCGGCAAGGUCCUAGACAUCAGCACGAACAACUGCAUUGUCGAAGUGUCAGCCAAGUCAUAUAGGAUCGAUGCCUUUAUGAAGCUCAUCGCUCCUUUUGGUAUCUUGGAGUCUGCAAGGACAGGUCUUAUGGCGCUACCGCGUUCUCCACUGCACGGCCCCAACGAGGUUGAGGAGAAGGACGCUCAAGACGUUGUCGAUACGAGCACCCUUCCCCCGGGUUAAGCUUGUUAUCCGACAGGAAGAGCGGCCGCGGACCCUGAUCAUGUACGCGUUCACGCAGUGUAUAUAAUAGUUGGCGUACUCGCAAAGGGAAUUGAUUUGGUUGGUUGAAUCAAGCUUAUCUCUCACGUUUGACAAAAUGUAGAAAUCCCUGCCGCAACUGCAUUGCCGCGGUACGAGGUGUGAUUGCAACGGACUGCAGCCUGCAGCUUUGGUUUUCAUGCAGACCUAUUAAAUUGUGGGGUGUAUGCCGCUGUGUGCACGCUUCGGGUAGCUGAGCGCGUGACCAAGCGCCCGAGAACGAAUUUGUACCCGUCGGGUCCAAUGAAUACCUGCAAUCCAUGUAUAUCGUGCAU